CGGGGCUCGGGCCGGGCAGACGUGGGGACGAGGAGGCGGAAAGGACGCCAAGUUCUCCGGCGAGUGCACCUGUCUGCUCCAGGAAGAGAGGAGAACCUUCCAGAGCUGACUCACACUGUGACAUGCCUGAUCCCUUGCUCCCACUCCUGCAGCAUGAACAAGGUGGACACUCACUGACCUCUCAGAAGGUGGCCCCACAGAGCUUUGGGGUCCAUGUCUGAAUGGAUUGCUGUAGCCUUCUCAUCUCUCCCUUCGCCCAGUCCCCUGCAUCCUAAGACUCAAAGCCAGCACAGGACCUGGAAGGAUUAUAUGGUGUGAACGGCAUGUCUGUGGAUGAGAAGCCUGACUCCCCCAUGUAUGUGUAUGAGUCCACAGUCCACUGCACCAACAUCCUCCUCGGCCUCAAUGACCAGCGGAAGAAGGACAUUCUCUGUGACGUGACUCUGAUCGUGGAAAGGAAGGAGUUCCGCGCCCACCGGGCUGUGCUGGCCGCGUGCAGCGAAUACUUCUGGCAGGCGCUGGUUGGACAGACGAAAAAUGACUUGGUGGUCAGCUUGCCGGAGGAGGUCACGGCCAGGGGCUUCGGGCCACUGCUACAGUUCGCCUACACGGCCAAGCUGUUACUCAGCAGAGAAAACAUCCGCGAGGUCAUCCGCUGCGCCGAGUUCCUGCGCAUGCACAACCUGGAGGACUCGUGCUUCAGCUUCCUGCAGACCCAGCUCCUGAGCAGCGACGAUGGCCUGUUCGUGUGUCGCAAGGACGCCGCGUGCCCGCGGCCGCACGACGCCCGCGAGAACUCGGCGGGAGAGGAGGAGGAAGAGGAGGAGGAGACGAUGGAUUCCGAGACGGCCAAGAUGGCUUGCCCCAGGGACCAGAUGCUUUCAGACCCCAUCGGCUUUGAGGGUGGCGGCGCCAUGCCGGUAGCCGAGAAGGGAGAGGCGUUGCUGCGCGAGUCGGAUGUGCCCCCGGACACCAAGGAGAGCUCAGAGAAGGACGCGCUGACGCAGUACCCCAGAUACAAGAAGUACCAGCUUGCAUGUACCAAGAACGUCUACAACGCAUCAUCUCACAGUACCUCAGGUUUUGCAAGCACAUUCAGUGAGGACAACUCUGGCAGCAGGCUCAAGCCAGGGCUGGCCGUGGGGCAGAUCAAAAGCGAGCCGCCCAGCGAGGAGAACGAGGAAGAGAGCGUCACGCUCUGCCUGUCCGGGGAUGAGCCCGACGCCAAGGACAGAGUGGGGGACGUGGAGAUGGAGCGCAAGCAGCCCAGCCCCGCCCCGGCUCCCAGCGCCCCCGCCACCGGUGCCACCUGCCUCGAGAGAGCCAGGGGCGUGGCGUCACCCUCCUGCUUGCGCUCUCUCUUCAGUAUCACAAAAGGUGUGGAGUUGGCUGGCCUGCCCAGCACAUCUCAGCAGCACUUUGCCAGGAGUUCGGCGUGCCCUUUCGACAAGGGGAUCACUCAGGGUGACCUUAAAACUGACUACCCCCCUUUCGUGGGCAGUUAUGGACAGCCCCCUGCGGGCCAAAAGGACUCUUCUGCUUUCCCCAUGGGCUCGCCGCUCCGGGGGCCUGGGUUGGAGGCCCUCUGUAAGCAGGAGGGUGAGCUGGACCGGAGGAGUGUGAUCUUCUCCUCCAGUGCGUGCGACCAAGGGAGCACCACGGUGCAUCAGUAUUCCGGGGUGAGCAGUUUGGACAAGGACCUGUCCGAGCCGGUGCCCAAGGGGCUCUGGAUGGGAGCCGGCCAGUCCCUGGCCACCUCACAGGCCUAUUCCCACGGUGGGCUGAUGGCCGACCACCUGCCAGGAAGGAUGCGGCCCAACACCAGCUGCCCGGUGCCCAUCAAAGUGUGCCCUCGCUCACCCCCACUGGAGACCAGGACCAGGACUUCCAGCUCUUGCUCCUCCUACUCCUACGCAGAGGACGGGAGCGGGGGCUCGCCCUGCAGCCUCCCGCUCUGCGAGUUCUCCUCCUCGCCCUGUUCCCAGGGAGCCAGAUUCCCUGCCACGGAACACCAGGAGCCAGGCCUGAUGGGAGAUGGCAUGUACAACCAAGUGCGACCCCAGAUUAAAUGUGAGCAGUCUUACGGAACCAACUCCAGCGACGAAUCCGGAUCGUUCUCGGAAGCAGACAGUGAGUCGUGUCCUGUGCAGGACAGGGGCCAGGAGGUCAAACUUCCUUUUCCCGUAGACCAGAUCACAGACCUUCCCCGGAACGACUUCCAGAUGAUGAUUAAGAUGCACAAGCUAACCUCAGAACAGUUAGAGUUCAUUCACGACGUCCGAAGGCGCAGCAAGAACCGCAUCGCGGCCCAGCGCUGCCGCAAGAGGAAACUGGACUGUAUUCAGAAUCUAGAAUGUGAAAUCCGCAAAUUGGUGUGUGAGAAAGAGAAGCUAUUGUCAGAGAGGAACCAGCUGAAAGCGUGCAUGGGAGAACUGCUAGACAACUUCUCCUGCCUCUCCCAGGAAGUGUGCCGAGACAUCCAGAGCCCUGAGCAGAUCCAGGCCCUGCACCGCUAUUGCCCCGUCCUCAGACCCAUGGAUCUCCCCGCAGCCUCCAGUGUUAGCCCUGCGCCCCUGGGCGUCGAGCAGAGCCUUGCAGCCUCCCAGUGUGCGCCUGGGGAAGCCGCACCCUGCUGCUUGGAUCCCGGUGCCGCUCCCCCGGGGCCCUCCUGGGUGCCCAGCACCACCUCGGAGAACUGCACUUCUGCGAGGAGGCUGGAGGGCGCGGACCCGGGCACCUUCUCUGAGCGAGGCCCUCCCCUGGAACCCAGAAGCCAAACGGUGACCGUGGACUUCUGCCAGGAAAUGACUGACAAGUGUACAACUGACGAGCAGCCCAGGAAAGAUUACACCUCGUGACUCGGCUCUGCCACCCGGUCCUCACGGGCGCCGGUCACCUGUGGUCUGGAAGAACCGAGAAGGAAUUUGGUGCACACUACAGCAGUCUCAGCAGCAAUACUGUAGGCCCUCCUCUGAGCAGGAGUGACAGGAGUGACCUGAUUCACAAUGGUGCUACCCCUUGCCCCGGCGAGGAAGACAACAGUGCUGUCUGUCUGUCUCGGCUUCAUUUCAGUCUUCACAGGGAUAGACGAUUAACACCUCUAGGACCCACCCACGGAUUUUUUUUCUCAGUGGCCCAUGUCAC